AUGGCUGUGGUACGUUUGGUUGGCCUUUUGCUCGCAUUAUUUUACUUCUCGCAUUGGAGAGAAGUAGCUGGAACGAUGACUGGAGGAAUAUCAGAAGUAGGUCCGUCGCCGGAAGAGGGAGUUAUGUGUGAUAUCGACCAAGGAGUAGACAUUUAUUUGAAGAACGAAACUGAAGAUGGCGCUGACUUUAUAUACAAGAAAAUCUGUGGAACUUUGCGUGCAUCCUCCCAAGUAGUACAGGGAAGUAUGUAUCGUGUUGCGUUCGAGAUGGUACCUGUGGACAAAUCUCUUUCAUCCAGUGACUGCAUUACAAAGGAUACUUUAAAGAAGUUGCCAUUUUUAGAGCGGGGCAAAGUAAAGCUUGGUUGUUUCACAAUAUGGUCAAGACCUUGGAUGGAGGAAAAGAGUGAACGGUUUAUAGUUACGAAGAAGGAUUCCAACGAUUACAGAUCGUGCUUAGAAGUGAACAACUAG